AUGGAGGAUUUAGAUGCGUUACUGGCAGAACUGGAGCAGAGCUCUUGCCCAGCCUCCAAGGACCGCAUGCUGCAGACAUCAAGCUCCCCCAAGCAGGAUCUGGCUGCAAACAGGCCCCCAGACCCCCGUGGCUGUGAGCCACUUGCCUCAGUGGCCCUGAAGGUGCCGCCUCAGGCUCAGGCUCCAGCUCCGAAAGAGGCUUUGAAGACAGUGUACAGCAGCCCCACACCGGUCCCACAGCCGCUGCUCCCCUCGCCCCCACCUGUGACAGCUGCCCAGCAGCUGGACGAGCUCCUGGCCGACCUGGGCCACAUGCAGAGCAAGCUAGCGGCCGUGGGGCAGGUAGCCGGGGUGCCAGCAGAGCCCUUGCUGGACAACAUGCUAGGCAGCCUCACCCGGGACCUGCAGGAGCUGGGCAUCACGGCCACCCCCACCGGGGUCUGUGGCUUUUGCUGCAAGCCCAUCGCUUGCAAGGUAUGCUCCCACGCCUCCAUCCUGGCAUCCCUCUCCCCUCGGCUCAUGGCAUCCCCUGGAGCUGCUCUCACUGCCCUCCCCACCACCUUGCAGGUGCUCACAGCCCUGGGCAAAACCUGGCACCCCGAGCACUUCACCUGCGCCCGCUGCGGGCAGGAGCUGGGUGGCCGGCCCUUCUUUGAGCGGGGCGGGCAGGCAUACUGUGAGGAGGACUACCACCAGGCCUUCUACCCCCCCUGCUCACCUUGCCUCUUCCCACAGAAAGUCCUCACGGCCCUGGACCAGACGUGGCACCCUGAGCACUUCUUCUGUGCCCAUUGCGGGAAGGUGUUUGGAGAUGAUGGUUUCCACGAGCGGAGCGGGAAGCCCUACUGCCACCAGGACUACUUCCUGGCCAUGUUCGCCCCGAAAUGCCAGGGCUGCGAGCGCCCUGUGACAGACAAUUACCUGUCAGCCCUGCAGGGCGUCUGGCACUCCGAGUGCUUCGUGUGUGCGGAGUGCAUGAGCAGCUUCGCCAGUGGCUCCUUCUUCGAGCUGGAGGGUCGGCCCUACUGUGAGCUGCACUUCCAUCAGCGGCCGGGGGGCGGCUCCCCCGGCGACGGCCGCCGCCGCCCCGUGGCUGGCCGCUGCAUCACAGCCGCAGGGCGCAAGUACCACCCCGAGCACUUCAUCUGUGCCUACUGCCUGGGCCAGCUGCAGAAAGGCACCUUCCGCGAACACGGCAACAAGAUGUACUGCCAGGCCUGCCACGACAAGCUCUUCCUCUGA